AUGUCUGAAGUCGAAUCUUUAAAAGCAAAAUAUGCUGCAGCUGGUCAAGAACACCUUUUUACUUUCUACGACGAUCUCAGCCCAGAAGAACAGACUUCACUUUUUAAUCAACUUUCAAAACUCGAUAUUGAACGCGUCAACCGAAUCUUCAAGAAAUCGACUUUGUGUUUAGACAUAGUUUCUGAUGCUGAACAGCAAAAAUUGGAACAUUUACCCGAUGAUGUAUUUGAUUCUACUUUAGAUGGUGAUGAAUCAAAAAUUAGAGAUUGGUUAAAUUUGGGUUUGGAUUUGAUUGCUCAAAAUAAAGUUGCAGUCAUUUUGAUGGCUGGAGGUCAAGGAACAAGACUUGGUUCUUCGGCUCCGAAGGGUUGCUAUGAUAUAGGCUUACCAUCUCAUAAGUCUUUAUUUCAGCUUCAAGCGGAACGUAUUCUGAGAUUACAAAAUAUUGCUCAGGAAAAAUCUGGUAAAACUGAAGUCAUUAUCCCGUGGUACGUGAUGACUAGUGGUACGCUUCCCGCAUUGACUAACGACGGCAAGGUCUUUUUGGAAAACAAAUCUACGCUUGCUAUCGCUCCUGAUGGUAAUGGAGGAAUUUAUGCAGCCUUAAGGAAUGAAAAAAUUCUUGAUUCGUUAAAAUCGCGUAAGAUUUCUUAUGCUCAUGCAUAUUGUGUUGAUAAUUGUCUUGUACGUGUUGCGGAUCCUGUAUUCAUUGGUUAUUGCGUUUCUAAGAACGCGGAUUGUGGUGCUAAAGUAGUUCGUAAGGCUUCACCCGAUGAACCUGUCGGUGUUAUUGCACUUCGUAAUGGCAAAUUCAAUGUGGUGGAGUAUAGUGAAAUUGAUCCAUCCAUUGCAGCGAAAACAAAACCUAAUGGUCAACUUGCCUUAGGUGCUGGUAACAUAGCCAAUCAUUUCUAUACAGUUGAUUUCCUCGAUCGCGUAGAAUCUUUUGAAAAUGAACUUGAGUAUCAUAUAGCUAAAAAGAAAAUUAAACAUACUGAUAUUACAUCUGGUGAAUUCAUUUCGCCUUUAAAACCAAAUGGAAUGAAACUCGAACUAUUUGUCUUUGAUGUUUUUCCAUUCACUGAACGUAUGGCCGUUUUAGAGGUUGAUAGAAAAGAUGAAUUUUCACCACUUAAAAAUGCACCAGGAACUGGAGUAGAUGAUCCAGAUACUAGUAUGAAAGAUAUUAUAAACCAACAUGUUAAGUUCGUUGAAAAGGCCGGUGGUAAGGUUUUACCCGGUGACAAUGAUCAACUUAUCUUUGAGAUUUCACCCUUGGUCUCUUAUGCUGGUGAAGGACUGGAGGGAUUGAAUGGAAAAACGAUCAAAACACCUGCCGUUAUUGAAACCUUAGCGGAUUUAAACAAAUUUGUAUAA